GAAGUGGGGCUCACACUCGGACUGUCAUGGCGACCAGCCGCUGUUCGCUCGCAGCGAUGCUCCGCAGCAAACUCCGCUCCUUCCUGUGCUGUUUGUUCGUUUUCGCGCAGUUCACGUCGCCGCCGGUUCGGGCCAAGGCGGACGGCCUGAGGGAGGUGACCGACGGCAGCUGGGAGGAGAUCCUGAGCGGAGAGUGGAUGAUUGAGUUCUACGCCCCGUGGUGUCCGGCGUGUCAGCAGCUGCAGCCGGUGUGGAUGGAAUUUGCAGCCUGGGGCGAGGACAUGGGGGUCAACAUUGCCAAGGUGGACGUGACAGAGCAACCUGGUCUGAGCGGACGAUUCAUCAUCACCUCACUUCCUACUAUUUACCACUGUAAGGACGGCGUCUUCCGGAAGUACCAGGGCGCUCGCACUAAAGACGACUUCCUGAGCUUCGUCGAUGAACAGAAAUGGAAAACAGUGGAGCCGAUUUCCUCUUGGUUUGGGCCGUCCUCAGUCCUAAUGAAUUCAAUGUCUGCUUUGUUCAAGCUCUCCAUGUUUAUCCGGCGUUGUCAUAAUUACAUGACGGACCAGCUGGGGAUUCCUGUUUGGGGAUCGUAUGUCAUCUUUGGUUUGGCCACUCUGUUCUCUGGGCUCGCUCUUGGUCUGCUACUGGUGUUCAUUGCAGAUUUUGUCUUCCCCUCUCGACGAUUUUCUUCUACUAAUUAUUACCAGAAGAAACAGUCCUUGGAGCAGGCGAGGUUACUCCACCAGCAGGAGGACGAGCACGAGGCUGAUGGUGAGGAAGACGAUGACGAAGAUGAUGAGGAGGAGUACGGAGACCAGGAUGAGGUCUGGAGGAGAAGAAGAGGGUCCCCUGAGGGCCGCCCGGAACCCAGGGGACAGGGUUUGGCUGACGAAUCUCUGAGGAAGAGGGUGGUGUGCAGCCGUGAGGAAGAGGAUGAAGAGGACACUUAGAGCAGCAGUGUGGGAGUUCACAUUGACCCGUACUUGUUUUGAGAAGAGCGCCUCAGAGCUGGAGGAGCCUUGGUCCUGAGCAACAGUGUUUACAGCAGGGAGCCCCAAACCUCCCCCUUAACCUUCCUCUUCUCCUCCUCCUCUGAAACACCUCGCUUCUUUUCUUCUCCCUCCCUCGUCUCUAACGGGAGCGCUGCAGACUCUCGCCACCGCCCUCUCUGCCUGAUCAGCAGGCUCCGCCUGGAAGAAGCUAAAGAAACACUCCUGACACCUGUUUUUGCUUCAGCGAACAAACUGCCUGCCUGAGGUUUGCAAUGACGUGCAGUGGAGAUGGAAUUUGCAGGGUUGUUUAUGCUAUGCAUUGGUUUUUUUUUUUAAGAUUUGUGUGUUAUUUCAUGUUUUUCUCUGAAAUAUUAUUAUUAUUAUACCAGGCUUGCAUUUCAGGAGUAUAUUGUUGAAUUUUUACGCUUCUGCUCAAGUGUACAUGCUGUCAUUUUAUGUUGCAUUUAUUUUACAAACCAUGACAACUCAACCCGACGUUACAGUGUUCAAACAAAGUUUCACAUUCAGAAAUUGGAGAUAAAUGGAAGCGCCGAGGUUUCAUGUGACCGCAAACGCACAGUGUUUUCGUUAAGUGGUGAUUUCACAAUAAAAGCCACCAUGUUGAAUGCUUUCAGUUCAGACCAGUAGGAUGUGUUUGGUUUGUAUGUUCAGUAACUUAACAGCUCUGAUUCAGCUGAAGUUCUAAUCAGUCACACACUCUGAUAAAAGACAAUGGUGUCACAUGAUGCGGGUGAUUAAUAUUGAUCAGAGAUCCGUCUGUAAACUAGAAGGACACAAGGAGAACACCUACUUCUGCCAAGGCCUGUUCAGACAUAUCAAUCCUCUUUCUCACAAUCUCUGAGUUAUUUGUUGAGGAAUUCCCCAAAAUGUAGAAAACGCGUCCACACACAAUGUCAAAGAAAGUAAGAAGAGAAAUCCUGUAAAUCCUCCUCCACGUCAACUCUGACCCGGGGAACCCUCCUUCAAUCUUUCUGUAGUUUGGACAAAUGUUCUGAUAAACAUCUGUUUUCCUCAGUUUGUAUAAAGAGUGAAUCCUGUCGGCACAGGUGCUUCUCAUUCAUGGUUUAGGGGCAGGAUCCCUGGGCUUUUCUCAGCGAUCGCACCAGAACACAGACUGAGACAGAUUCACUGUCAGUUUGCAGAAAACAAGACCAGCUGAGGAACUAACCGUUUAAAUAAGAAAAGCUAUGAUACCUGAGGUAAAUACAGACCUUUUGUUAGAAGUAAAUUCAACCAAUUGGAAUAUACUAACAUUAUAUUCACUCCAAGUCCAGUAAAACACCUGGUGAAUGUUCUGUAGAUACUGUUUGUCCCCAUUAUGUCUCAUAACAACAAUCUGAGGUUUAAUCUAACAAAGGAAGUUUACUUAACGGACUGAGAUGAGCUGUCGGCCUGUCAGUGGGUCGACAGCUCGGUGUGUGCAUGUGGUCAUAUGAUUAAAGAGCCUGGCUUCCUUGUAUGAAUCCGUCCUGCUGCUGCUGUGGUGCGGAACACAAAGAGAACCUUGUUUUUAUUAAACCACUUGAAAUUAUACUUUUAUUUAGCCUAACAGAUCAAAUUAACUUGAAUUAUAACAAUCUAACCAUUAUCACUCAGAUUCUCAGUGUGUGUCCUCUUCAGUCAGCAGGGGCUGUAUGUGUGUAUGUGUGUGUGUGUGUGUGAGCAGUGGUUUUAAUACAGAUUUCACUUUUAAUUUAGAUUUUAAUGCUGUUUUUUAAAUUCUGAAAAAAAUCUAAUUAAUCUUUUUCUUGAGGGUUAAUAGAGUAUGAUUGUGUUUAGUUUUUUUUACCUGAUCCCUAUUUACAGCUUGUAGCGUUCACAUUUUACUCUGAGCUCCUUAUUGUUUUGAACUUUACUUUGAAUAAAGGAUUAACUCGU